AUGAGGUUAAAGGCAGAUAAUUUAGAUUCUACAUCAAAAGAACAGAUAAAACACUUUGCAGAUUGGAUUCUUGACAUUGGAAAUGCAAAACAUUGCCGAGAUAGUGGAGAAGCAAGGGUAACAAUAGACCCAGACUUGAUUAAAAAUACUGAUAGUGGUGUUUGCUCUAUUGUUGAUAACAUAUAUCAAGAUUUGGAGGGUCAUGUUGGAGAAUCAGAUUUCUUAGUGCCUAGAGCAAUCUUAACUCCAACAAAUGAGACAGUUGAUCUAAUAAAUGACCAUAUAUUGGAAAGGAUACCAGCUGAAGAAAGCAUCUAUUUCUCUUCUGAUUCAAUUUGUAAAGCGGAUUUUCAUUUUGAAGAUCAAGACCUAUUUUAUCCAACAAAGUUUCUUAAUACACUUAAAUUCUGA